AUGGCUGCGCAGCCCACCGGCAAAACAUUUGUAGAGGAAAGCAGAAGCCAGACAAAAGAACGACCACAUACUCCUAGCCGGAGGAGCCCACGCCUUUGCAAUGAAUACCAAGUCCCCUCUGAGUGGGACACAAAACGAAGAGUUUUAUCUCCGCCAACCGCGAGUCGACCCCGAGAUACUCUCUCGCAUGAACUGAUCAACCAAAACCAGAAGUGUAAGCAUGCUGAGUCGCUUCAGAAUCCACUUGAGCGUCUUGGUCACCCGCCUCCCGAUGAGAAGCAGGAGACGGAAAACGAAAGGAAACUGAUCCCCAUCUAA